UGAAGCUUGACCACAAGCCCGGUCCUUCCCCUUUUCGAUUUGGGGUCCGGUCUGAUAUUUAUUUAGCACCAUCGCUAGCUCCGCAGCUCUACGAAUAUUCGUAGGGCGGGCCUGGGACGAAGACCACUUUUCAUACGAUAGCGGACAGGAGAUGUUUGAUACUUCAUGCCUUCAGCUGGAUGGCCGAGUUCCGUGCAAGCAAGCAGAGCAAUGGGAAACAAGUAUUUGUGGUCUAAUGCAACGCAACCCGCUGUUCUCAGCUCGUGGUGUGAUGAUUGGCAGACUGUGGGUUUGGGUUUGUGACUAUCUUAUAAAGACGGCGAGUGAUGCUUCGUACUGGCGGUCAAAACAACAAGAGUUGCGUGUUAGUCACGCUUUUUUCCAUGGCACUAUUGAUGAGGGUCUCGCGCCACAUCAAGUUGGCCCGUCAGCGCUCGUCAAAUCCGCAAUUGGCCUAAAAUCUACCAAUGGCCCCCCUCUUCCGCUUGUCAAGCCCCGUCAGCCCGUCAAACGGCUCGUCCAAGGGCAGGGGAGACAGGCGAUGCCCAGAAAAGUGAUGGUGCUCGACUGCCGCGAGUGGUUGAGACGGGCCAGCCGACUUCUGAGGGUCGUGCGUUGGCACUGAUCAAAACCAGAAUGGUCGUUCCGCCGACCCAUGCCUCAAUAUAACUGUGUUACUGGGCGCCAUUGUGACAGCAAUCGCCUUGUUGCUGGAUCUCAUGAUUUUAACUGGCUUUCGAUGAGGAAGGUUAUUGAUGGCAGCGUCAUCACCUGGUCACUGGUUUAUGAACGACAAUAACAAACAUAAGAUCUUGCCUCGAAGGGACAACCAUUGAUGCAAUAUAUUUUCAUGGGGGGCAAUGUCCCUCGCCCUGGUAGCUGCAUGCACUUUAUUA